AUGGUAACAAAGGGCAUUCUCAGAGCUCUCAUCACACUAGCGGCCCUCACAACACUGCUGCUCGCAUUCUACAAUUACUCAUCACCGUCGGUGCGUCUGGGCUCACCCGCCGGAGCGUCGGGAGGGAAAUUCGUUCGACCAAAGACCGGUGGCUCGCUAAAGGGUAUCGACCCCUUACUCAGUCCCGAGAAGGGACCUUCAGGAAAGCUAUGGGGACCUGGCGAGGCGGAGAGAACAUCGGCGACGUUACUGUCGCUGGUGAGGAAUAAUGAGCUUGCGGGGAUGGUUUCUGCAAUGAGGGAUUUGGAAAAAACUUUCAAUUACAAAUUCAAUUAUCCAUGGACUUUCUUCAACGAUGAGGAAUUCACUCAGGAGUUUAAGGACAAGACGCAGGCGGAGACUAAGGCUGAGUGUAGAUACGAAGUUAUCCCAAAAGACCAUUGGGAAAUUCCUUCCUGGAUCAACAAUGAUCUUAUGGCAGAGUCCGUUAAGCUAUUGGAAGAGAAGAAUGUUCAAUAUUCUGGGCUCAAGAGCUACCAUCAAAUGUGCCGGUGGAACUCUGGCAAAUUUUAUGAUCACCCUGCAUUGAAGGACAUCCGGUGGUACUGGCGCGUUGAGCCUAAAGUACAUUUCUUCUGUGAUGUAAACUACGAUGUAUUCAAGUACAUGGAGGAUAACAACAAAACCUACGGUUUCGUCAUCAAUAUCUACGACUCUCCCGAAUCCAUUGAGACUCUAUGGCCGCACAGCCUUGAGUUCUUCGCUGAGAAUCCGGAAUACUUGCAUCCGAACAAUGCCAUGGCCUGGUUGACAGAUGCUAAGAACCGACCAGAGCACCAUCGAAAGGCUGGAUACUCAACCUGUCAUUUCUGGAGUAACUUUGAGAUUGCGGACAUGAACUUUUGGAGAAGCAAGAAGUACAGGGAUUACUUUGAUCAUCUGGACCGUGCCGGCGGGUUCUUUUACGAGCGAUGGGGUGAUGCGCCGGUUCACAGUAUCGCUCUGGGUUUGAUGGAGGACAAGGACAAGAUUCACUGGUUCCGAGAUAUCGGUUACCAACACAUCCCAUACUUUAAUUGCCCCUCAUCACCAAAGUGCAACGGUUGCCAGCCAGGCCGAUUCACAGACGGAACAGGUCUCGACCAGGAGGACUGCAGAGCAAACUGGUUUGAGUUCGCGCACAUGAACUAG